GAAAGUUGAGGGUAAGAAUUGAAUUGUUGAAAUAGUUGAAGCAUUAAAAUAAAUUCAAAGGUAAAAGCAAAAGAAUUCCAACUGAAUGUGCAGAAAGUUUUCCCAUUUCACAAGAGAGAGAGAGAGAGAGAUGCAGAAGAAGAGGCUUAAGCAUUAAGAUUUCAGAACCAUAUAAAAGUUUACUGCUUCACAUUAUUUGUGGUUUAUUCAAGAAAAGUUAAACAGUUUCAAAGCUAAGGAUGUGGGCUGAGCUGAUAUGUGGUCUGCUUCUUUACCGCUUGGUCAAGCGCUUCUUUUGCGAAGACGACGCCCACCUCAAUCUCCAUUCCUCCAACUUCAAUUUCCUCUUCGCCUCCGCCAAAAGGUUGGAAAAGCUUUAUCGAGGAUCCAAAGUUUACGUUGGCCUCCAAAUUCCAGACCCUGAUUCUGCUUCUCGCCAGAAUAUUGAUCUUGUUCUCGUCACUGACCAGGAGGCUGUGGUGAUUUCCGUAAGGAAUGUAUCAGGAUUUGUGUCCAUUGAUAAAGAUGGUAAUUGGGCGUGCACCAAUGCAAAGAACCACAAAACUGAGCAUAUCCCCAACCCUGUAGCUGAAACCAAAAAAUUAGUCUCCAUCCUUGAAGAUUAUCUUGAGCAAAGGGGAGUUGCUCUCCCAGAAGGAUAUUUGUCUUAUAAGGUCAUAUGUCCUAACCCAGACUUUAGGUCCAUUCAUUUGGACUCUUUUCCACCUGAGGUUAUUACCUACGAUCAGUGGACCCAAUUAAAACCCGAGCAAAGAAGUUUGUAUUCUGGAUGGAUCAAAGGUGCACUUCUUGGUGGAAAGAAGAAAAUGCAGGAGUCAUUUUGUGAGAAGCUGAAUUCUGUUCUCAGCACCGCUCCAAUUUGGGAUAGGUUAGAGCUCAAAGGCAACAAGUGUAUUUUAGGUGAAUUUAUUGAAUUCAAAGGCAGACAGGAUGACCUUCAGGCUUUAAGAAAGAUCAAAAGAUCCAAAGUGAGUCGCCUGACUGUCCAGAAGAUGAGCAUUUUUGGUUUUGCUCAUUCGACAGUCCAACUUUUGUGUGCUCCUCGUGAUUAUCGAGUUGAAGGACCUUCGUGGUCUUCACAGUUGGAAGAAGUCACUGUUAGAUCAAGCACAGAGGUAGUUUUCCAGCCACAGAAUUCCACAAAAUCAUGCAAGUAUAAGCUUUCUUCAGUUAUUUCCUUGUCGAUGAGUGCUUGAGGGUGUAUAGUAGCCACAUCCAAGCAGCGGUUUGUGUGGAACAGUCAGCAGUUCUGUGGUCAUUGAAUUUUAUGGUUGUUGAUAUGUAGAGUAGGAGUUAAUAAUUAUCAACUGCUGAGUUAGACUGCCAGAAUUCAAUCCUAGCUUGUCCAAGUUAGGUGGGGAAGGUACUUAUAACUAAAUCUUAUUACUCAGCGUUCUGGUCAACUUCUCCAAUUUGAUAAAAAUAAUUGAUGUAGAUAGAUCAAAUGUGAAAGAGAAUGGGAGCUGUUAGGCAGGGAGCAGACGUCGUUUCAUGGGGGGUUCUGGGUCAUCAUAGCCAGCUUAACCAAAAUUAAGUUAAGCUGAUGUUCUAGCAGUUUAAAGGAACAUGAAUCAUUAUUGGCACAUUAAAGAAUGUAAUGUAGUUUAGAACAACAAAAUACAUCCCCUCGGGCUCAGGGUUGGAGCAGUGUGGGUUGAGUUCAUUGUAAAGAAUAAUCCUAAGGCAUAAAUUAUUCUACACUAAUUGCUUGGUUCAAAGAAUGAGGCAUGGCAUAUUACAUCCACAUAUUUCUCUACUAAAAGAAGAGGGAGUGGGGAGUAUUCGUUUCCAGUCAAGAUGCAUUGCAUGUGGAGUGCAUCAUGUGGGACAGGACACAAUCAAUGGUUGAGCAGCACUUGCGGAGGUGGAGACUCUGCUUCCCACUCCACUUGGA